AUGAAUAUGGGUCAAAUAGGACGAGCUUCGAUGGGCAUCUUAGUUGGCAUGGAUGAGUCCGAACGGCCUGCUUUCAUGUUGCAUGACUAUAUGGAGAUUAAACACUUUUGACUUGGAAAAAAGACACAAAGUGCUAAAGUAAGUCAGCAAGCCAGGCAGCAUCUCUGGAGAACAUGGAUAGGGUGACAUUUCGGAUCGAGACCCUUCUUCCAACUCGCUGAGUUACUCCAGUACAUUGUGUCAUCACUCGUAAACCAACACCUGCAGUUCCAAGUGUCUCCACUCUUGACUUGACAAUACUCCAAAUGCGGACUCACCGAUGUCUGGCACGUCAGACGCUGCCCGGCCGGCUAAGUUCCUCCGUCGCUCAGCGUUGUGUUUAUCGCGGCAUUGCAGCGUCCGCAGCCUUCGACUCAUCCCGGGAGGAGCUCGCGCCGCCAGCUGUCAACUGUCACCCCGCUACGUGCCCGAGCCACCCACUGUCAUCGUGCCCACGCCGCCCGCUGUCAACUACCAACCCGCCUCGCGCUCGUGCCCGCGCUGCCCGCUGUCAUCGUGCCCGCGCUCCCCGCUGUCAUCCCGCCAAUUCCCCGCGCGCGCCGCUUGGCCGUGACGUCAGCCGGACCCGGGGGCUGCUCCCGACAAAAUGGCGGCGCCGUGUAAUCGCUGAGCUGAGGAGUCGCUGUCCGCCCGUCAACCAGAGCACAACCAACGGCAGGAAGAAGCCUCUCGUCAAAGGGCUUGGAUCUGUAACUCGGGCGGGCCGGGGAUCCAGUGACUCGGCGGCGUGCAGCCCCGGAGAGGAGCAAUGUCUCUGCUUUGUGUCGGAGUUAAGAAAGCAAAGCUUGAUGGUCCACAAGAACGAUAUAAUACCUAUGUGACUUUAAAAGUUCAAAAUGUCAAGAGUACGACCAUAGCAGUGCGGGGGAGCCUACCAUGCUGGGAGCAGGAUUUCAUGUUUGAAAUCAAUCGUUUAGACCUAGGCCUGACUGUUGAAGUGUGGAACAAAGGAUUGAUCUGGGACACAAUGGUUGGUACAGCGUGGAUUCCUUUAAGAAGUAUACGGCAAUCAAAUGAGGAGGGACCUGGUGAAUGGUUGACUCUUGAUUCAGAGGUCAUAAUGACAGACAAUGAAAUCUGUGGAACAAAAGACCCAACAUUUCACAGGAUUUUGUUGGAUACUCGAUUUGAAUUACCACUUGAUAUCCCAGAAGAAGAAGCACGAUACUGGGCUAAAAAAUUAGAACAGCUGAAUGCGAUGCGAGAUCACGAUGAUUAUGCAUUCCAAGAGGAGGGGGAAAGGCCUUUACCUAUUCCGGGCUCUCAAUGUUGCAACUGGAGCUAUUUCGGCUGGGGAGAAAAUCAAAACAAUGAAGAUCCUGACAGUGCAGUGGAUGACAGAGACAGCGACUAUCGAAGUGAAACUAGCAACAGCAUCCCACCUCCAUAUUUUACAACAUCUCAGCCUAAUGCAUCAGUCCAUCAGUAUUCCAUUUCUUCACGGCAUCAACAGAAUGGAUCGCGGGAUUCUUGCACUGAUUCUAUUCACAGUUAUGAGCUAGAUUAUUCAGAUCAUCAGAGGCCAAUAAGUCCGACAGGUAGCAGCAGAUAUGCCUCAUCUGCAGAACUGAGCCAGGGUAGCUCCCAGCUCAGUGAGGACUUUGACCAAGAUAACGAGAGUCUGCAAGCCUCGGAUUUAGAAGAUGAACGCGACGGUGAUUCUUAUCACUCUUGCCACAGCUCAGUGAGCUGUCAGAAAGAACCUGUGGACUCGGAAAAAGAAGAUAAUGAGCCAUUGGAGGGUUGUUGUGAAACUGAAGAGCUUCAGAAGGAGGUAGAAAUAAUUGAGGAAAAACCAAAAGAGGAAGAAAUUGCGGUUCCAGAUGAAGCUCCACCUGAAGCAGAGAUACCACCAGAGCCACCAGAGCAACCUGAAGUCAAACCAGUGGAAAUUUACAGAAAUGAAGCGGAAGGGCAUCCUAAUAUGUCCAGGGCCAAAGCCAAUUGGCUUAGAGCUUUUAACAAAGUUCGUAUGCAACUUCAAGAGGCACAACUUGGGGAAGUUGGUGAUCUGCCAAAACCACUUUGGUUUAAAGGAGGGGGAGCAGCCGUUAAAUUUCUGCGUAGCAUUGACAGCAUGCCUGAUAUUAAGCCACGCCGUAAAUCCCUCCCACUGGUCAGCGACCUGGCUAUGUCUUUGGUGCAGUCAAGAAAAGCUGGUAUUACCUCUGCAUUGGCAACUCGUACUCUUAAUGAUGAAGAACUGAAAAACCAUGUUUACAAGAAGACCCUGCAAGCCUUAAUCUACCCAAUUUCUUGCACAACACCACACAAUUUUGAAGUGUGGACAGCUACCACUCCCACCUAUUGUUACGAAUGUGAAGGCUUGUUGUGGGGUAUUGCUCGCCAGGGAAUGCGUUGCACUGAAUGCGGGGUCAAAUGUCACGAAAAGUGCCAGGAUCUUCUCAAUGCAGAUUGUUUACAACGGGCUGCUGAAAAGAGUUCAAAACAUGGAGCGGAGGAUAGAACACAGAAUAUUAUUAUGGUUCUGAAAGAUCGAAUGAAAAUCAGAGAGAGAAAUAAGCCAGAAAUCUUUGAACUUAUCCAGGAGGUGUUUGCACUUGCAAAGUCAGGACACGUGCAACAGAUGAAGGCGGUUAAGCAAAGUGUCCUGGAUGGCACAUCAAAAUGGUCAGCAAAAAUCAACAUCACUGUGGUGUGUGCCCAAGGUUUGCAAGCCAAGGAUAAAACUGGUUCCAGUGAUCCUUACGUUACAGUUCAAGUUGGGAAGACUAAAAAACGUACUAAGACUAUCUAUGGGAACCUUAAUCCAAUCUGGGAGGAGAACUUUAACUUUGAAUGUCAUAAUUCAUCUGAUCGAAUAAAAGUACGAGUAUGGGAUGAAGAUGAUGAUAUCAAAUCACGGGUAAAACAAAGGUUUAAAAGAGAAUCUGAUGACUUUUUGGGUCAGACCAUUAUUGAAGUUCGAACACUAAGUGGUGAAAUGGAUGUCUGGUAUAACUUGGAUAAACGUACUGACAAAUCUGCAGUAUCUGGUGCCAUCCGAUUACAUAUCAGUGUGGAGAUAAAAGGAGAAGAGAAAGUAGCACCCUACCAUGUUCAGUAUACAUGUCUACAUGAGAAUUUAUUUCAUUUCUUGACGGAUAUACAAAACAACGGAGUUGUGAAAAUCGCAGAUGCAAAAGGAGAUGACGCUUGGAAAGUUUAUUUUGAUGAGACUGCACAAGAAAUUGUGGAUGAGUUUGCAAUGCGAUUUGGUGUAGAAUCCAUUUAUCAGGCUAUGACACAUUUUGCCUGCCUCUCUUCAAAGUAUAUGUGCCCUGGUGUACCUGCUGUAAUGAGCACUCUUUUGGCAAAUAUCAAUGCUUACUACGCGCAUACCACUGCCUCCACCAAUGUUUCCGCCUCUGAUCGCUUUUCAGCCUCCAAUUUUGGGAAAGAGAGGUUUGUAAAACUCUUGGACCAACUGCAUAAUUCCCUUCGUAUUGAUCUGUCAAUGUAUAGGAAUAACUUCCCAGCAAGCAGUCCUGAAAGAUUACAAGAUUUGAAGUCAACUGUUGAUCUUCUAACCAGCAUUACUUUCUUUAGGAUGAAGGUCCAGGAAUUGCAGAGCCCUCCAAGGGCCAGUCAGGUUGUGAAAGAUUGUGUGAAGGCUUGCUUGAAUUCAACUUAUGAAUACAUCUUCAACAACUGUCAUGAACUGUACAGCCGAGAAUACCAGACAGAUCCAAAUAAAAAGGCAGAGGUUCCCCCAGAAGAGCAAGGGCCUAGCACCAGAAAUUUGGACUUUUGGUCCAAACUUAUCACACUGAUUGUUUCAAUCAUAGAAGAGGACAAGAAUUCAUACACUCACUGCCUCAAUCAGUUUCCACAGGAAUUGAAUGUGGGAAAGAUAAGUGCAGAAGUAAUGUGGAACCUUUUUGCCCAGGACAUGAAAUAUGCAAUGGAAGAACAUGAGAAACAAAGACUUUGCAAAAGUGCAGAUUAUAUGAAUUUACACUUCAAAGUCAAGUGGCUGUAUAAUGAAUAUGUAAAAGACCUCCCAGCUUUCAAGAAUUCUGUCCCAGAGUACCCAGCUUGGUUUGAACCAUUUGUUAUACAAUGGUUGGAUGAGAAUGAAGAGGUAUCUAGAGACUUCUUGCAUGGUGCACUAGAACGUGACAAGAAGGAUGGGUUCCAGCAAACAUCAGAACAUGCCCUCUUCUCCUGUUCUGUCGUGGAUGUCUUCUCGCAAUUGAACCAGAGUUUUGAAAUUAUUAAGAAGCUAGAAUGCCCUGAUCCUAAAAUAGUGGGACAUUACAUGAGAAGAUUUGCCAAGACAAUUAGCAAUGUGCUAUUGCAGUAUUCUGAGAUAAUAGCGAAGGAUUACGCAUCGUAUUGUUCAAAGGAGAAAGUGCCAUGUAUCCUGAUGAACAACAUUCAGCAGCUACGAGUGCAACUGGAGAAGAUGUUUGAAGCAAUGGGAGGAAAAGAUCUGAAUUCAGAAGCCAGUGACAUUUUAAAAGAGCUGCAAAUAAAACUCAACAAUGUGCUGGAUGAUCUCAGCAGAGUGUUUGCAUUAAGUUUUCAGCCUCAUGUUGAGGAAUGUGUAAAGCAGAUGGGAGAUAUUCUCAGCCAGGUGAAAGGAACUGGAAAUGUGCCUGCCAGUACUUGCAACAGUGUGGCCCAGGAUGCUGACAAUGUUCUCCAGCCACUCAUGGACUUACUAGAUAGCAAUUUGACCCUGUUCGCAAAGAUCUGCGAGAAAACAGUGUUGAAGCGCGUUCUGAAAGAAUUGUGGAAGAUUGUAAUGAACACAAUGGAGAAAACUAUUGUCCUGCCACCUUUAACUGAUCAAACGAUGAUUGGAAGGGUGAAGCUUGUCUGUCACAGCGAUGGAACGCAACUUAUUUUCAACGCUGCAAAAGAACUCGGGCAACUUUCAAAACUAAAGGAUCAUAUGGUCAGAGAAGAAGCCAAAAGUCUUUCCCCCAAACAGUGUGCUGUAGUGGAGCUUGCACUUGAUACUAUUAAGCAAUAUUUCCAUGCUGGUGGAGUUGGCCUAAAAAAGACAUUUUUGGAAAAGAGCCUUGAUCUGCAAUCUCUACGGUAUGCUCUGUCGCUGUACACACAGGCCACUGACACCCUCAUUAAAACAUUCAUCCAAUCUCAGUCAUCUCAGGGAUCUGGUGUGGAUGAUCCGGUGGGAGAAGUAUCUAUCCACGUUGAGCUUUUCACUCAUCCAGGAACUGGAGAGCACAAAAUCACAGUGAAAGUUGUGGCUGCCAAUGAUCUAAAGUGGCAAACAACUGGUAUCUUCCGUCCAUUUGUCGAAGUUAAUAUGAUUGGCCCUCACCUGAGUGACAAGAAGAGGAGGUUUGCCACUAAAUCCAAGAACAACAGCUGGGCUCCAAAGUUUAAUGAAACCUUUCAAUUCACUUUGAGUGCCGAGGAUGGUCCAGAAUGUUAUGAAAUCCAGAUUUGCGUGAAAGAUUACUGCUUUGCAAGAGAAGAUCGGAGUGUUGGUAUCGCCAUGAUGCAGCUGCGAGAUAUUAUCCAGAAGGGAAGUUGUGCCUGCUGGUUACCUCUGGGCCGCAGGAUUCACAUGGAUGAGACAGGAUUAACUGUCCUCAGGAUACUUUCACAAAGAAACAAUGAUGAGGUGGCAAAGGAAUUUGUAAAAUUGAAAUCUGACAUACGAUCUGCUGAAGAAGGCAGUUGAAAAAGGUGGCCAAAAAUCAGAAAGGUAGAUCAGAAUUAAAAACUUUAAUGUCUUAAGCUUUUGGAGCUUCAGUUCUCUCAUCUUAAUGAAGCCACAUGCCCCAAUUAAGUAAGCAAAAAAAUAACAAAUCAGGAGGCCCGAUUUAAGUUUUGGUCUGUGCAUGUCUCUGUGGUUAAUUUAUUUUUUCUUUGCCAGUGUGGACAAUUAAUUUUACUUUUUGUUCAUGAGAGGCAGCACCCAGCCCCGGAGAAGUCAGAGUAUUCUUAUGGAGUUACAACCGGAUUAACUUUAAUGGUUAAUGUCACUCGAGUAAAUAAAUCCCACAUGACUCUACUGAGCCUGUGUACAAUGAGCACUGUGAUCCUGUUCUUGUGGAGAGACCUACAGCUGAAAGAACUUGUAUACCUCUUGUGAAAAGCCUCAGUUAACCUUUCUCUUCAACACCAAACUGCCAAAGUGUCUUUAUAUUGACUGGUGUAACUAAUUUCUGACACAUUCCACAGUAUUUCCUGAAUAGAUUGUUAAUUUGAGCUGUAUUCACAAACAGGCUCAGUAUUUUACGUACCAUUUAAGAUUAGACACAAGUUUUGGGGUUUAAUUAACUGCUUUGCAAAAUGUCUGUAAAACAAUAACUCCGAUGUGACGAAUGUGAGUGAAGUUAAAUAUCCACAAGCCAAUCAACUCUUGAACCAGUAGCAGGGAAUAGUCAUCAUGACAAGCUGUUUCAUGCAAUCUGAAAAAAUACUGUAAUAAGCAUGACCAACUUAUUGUAAUAAUAUCCACAAAAGGUUUACAAAUGUAAGCCACCACGCAUCGUCUCUUACCAUUUGUUUCAACACAUCCAUUUCUUGUGCUGCCAGAGAUAAACUGGUGGACAUUUAAUUAGUUAUAGAUUUAUUUGUUUUUUUAUAUAGAAACCAAGGACUAAAGAGAGCUUUAGAUGCAAGGCUCAGAAGAUGAGUAGAUGCAUGAAGCAUUUGGAGUGUAUAUUAGUAAUAAAAGAUAGUGAUCCUAGUAUUCUAUUUACAUUUGAAACAAUUGCCCCUGCCACACAUACAAAACAAGAGAAGGAAAACCAACAUGUAUACAUAUUGGGAUUUGGAGUUACUAUAACCAAAUGCUUUCCUGUAAACAAUUGGUGCUGAAAUGACUGACGGUUUGCUACACAGACUGUUAAGAUAACCUCAUUUUUAUACCCAAGUUAGCUACAUCUUUAAUGUACACACUCCUUGUAGCUCCCAAGUGUUUCCUUUUUGACUUCCAUUGGCCUGGACUUAGCCAACAUUUCUACAGACAAGUGUAGGAGACCUGGUGAACGCACAAGUCUUGAAUUUCCUUGACCAAGCUUUCACAGCACUCCUCAAUGGUGUGGCAGGAGCUUGCUGGAAUAGCACAGCACUUGAGCUGGGAUAUCAACUCUCAUUUGACCUGGCACAAGAUCUAUAAGCCUAUUCAUUUCUAUGCAGAAUUCAUACCUACAAGGAAAAAUUCUAAUGACAAGUUAUUUGCUUGCAAUAAUAUUUAAAUAAUUAAAAGGGCUUUUAAAUGAAAACAUUUAAGUUUUGAAUGCAUCUGAAUAUCAGAAAUAUUCAGAAGCACUGAAAAAUGUUGAUAGCUUUGACAGAUGACAACGCUGGGUUUAUGGCUGUGGCAAGCAGUUUCCCUACCUGCAUUUCCCCAGGAGUGCUGUGAACAAAGUCAUGCGUGGGUCAUGCCAAACAUUGUCCUACCAUUGAUCGGCUUCAAGACAAGCUCCUUCCAACAAGAUUACUUUUCCGGAUGUGGAUCAGGUAGUUAUGGAAUGCAAAAAUAUCACAGCUCCACUCAAAUUCCAAGGCAUACAGUAAAACUAAUGCAGCAGCACCAGCAGUGCUAAUCUGCCAGAUGUUCCAGACCACUGGCCAAGAGUGAAUGCUACUACACUUAUAUACUAUACCCCAACAUGUUAUUUUUUAAGAUAUUACAUAAUAUUAUAAUGCAUUUUUCCAGUGAACAUGGUGCACUUAAGGAGAACGUGGGAAUGAGGCCCCAAUGAGCAAGAUACUGAACCAUCAGGAUCUCCAAGCUGGGGGAUAGCAAAUUAUUGGAGAGUUUUACUGUAGUUGCUUUUGGUAGAAAUAUACAUGCAACAAUAGAUUACAAGAUUAUGGGGCGGCACAGUUGCGCAGCAGUAGAGUUGCUGCCUAACAAGCCUCAGAGACCCAGAUUCAAUCGCGAAUACGGGUGCUGUCUGUACAGAGUUUAUACAUUCUCCCUGUGACCGCGUGGGUUUUUUCCAGGUGGUCCGGUUUCCUCCCACACUCCAAAGACGUACAAGUUUGUAGGUUAAUUGGCUUCUGUAAGUUGUCCCUGGUGUGUAGGAUAACGCUAGGGUAUAUGGGUGAUCGCUGAACUCUGUGGGUCAAAGAGCCUGUUUACACGCUGUACCUCUAAAGUAACUAAAUGAUACAAGACAACACAAAAGAUUAAAAAGAUCGAGCACUGACCAAUCCAUACUUAGUAACACAGCUGACUCCAUUCUGGUGAGCCCUUCCACAAUUGAACAACUGUAAAGGGCAAGUUCUUUCUAUAACUGCUUUAACAUUCAGCCACGCUCCCUGGUGAACUCAGCCAGGCUCAGCAUGUAGAUUUCCCAGUACAAGUUACAAGGAAAAUGUCAUGUUAAAAGAAUCAGAUCCCCCGGGGGAAACCCAGGCCAGUAUCUUGAUAGAAUAUGGAACAGCAAAGUAACAGCCCUGUUGCUCCACAAUGCCUGUCCAACACAAUGUCUACUUAAACUGAUGAUCCAAUCUGCUUGCACAUGUACCACCUUGAAACAAGAGCAGCAAGUCAACAUUGAAAGUAUUUUCAGAGUAAAACACCCUGGCAAGCUUUAAUAUAUAUCUCCAAUUUAAACCACAAUUUCUAUUUUUAUCUCUAUAAGCAAGGGGCAAAGUCCCAAGUCAAAACUUUUCAGUCAUCAGUAAUUGAUCACAGCCAUUAAAUUGAUUAAAUCAUACACAAACAUUUACUUAAUGUUGGAAACAAUAUUAAGGCAAAGCACAAUUAAAAUUGAUCAGAUUUGAAAGGGCACUUUAGUCAGAUGCUGAUUAUCUUGACCCCCUUGCCAUUUUUCAUUAUAUUUUAUCAAAAAUACAUACCCACUGCUAAACAUUCACUCUUGGCUCUCUUGAUCAGGAACAAAGACCAUUAAAUAUUUAAUAUCUCUUACCUUUAGUGAUGUCAUACACUCCCCAUUCAGUGCACAGGCAAAAACUGCCCUUUUGUUUAGUCCACGAGUGGUCAAGGAAAUAAAAGUUAGAUUCAUUUAUAGAUACGGUUAGCAUUCUAUAGGAGCAGAAAUGUCACCUCAUCACAGAUCAAGUUAUCCUAGUUCAUUUUGCAUCAGGAUCAUGGAAAAAUAGCAAUGUUCGCCACAAUUUAUUUUACAGAUCUUAUGUAUUGAAAAAAAAAAACUGGUGUCUAAUCCUAAAGGGACCUCAAAAUAAAUGUUGCUUUUGGUUUAAAACCACGUUGCAGUGCCAAAUGUGGUAUUCUCCUGUUCACAAUGGGUGACACUUGUUUUUGCUGCCUUACGUGCUAAGUUAAGUGUAAGAAUUGUUUUCUUUUGAGGGAGUGCAUGACAGUAAAAUUCAACGAGGGAUAUGGCACUUUAUGGCUGAAUAAUUAUUUUAUUGAAGAUGUGGGAAAACAGCAUGAAAUCAUUUUUUUUUGUGAAGUCAUUUAUCAAAAUGGUGUUUUUGAUAUGUUUUCAGCACCCAGCAUGCUGAAAAUAGUUUCCAAAUAAUAUAGCACAUACGAUAGAGGCAAUUUCAUUGCAACACGUGACUGAUGUUCAGAGAUGAAUUGUGUGGCAUGAUUUGCACUAUUACUACAUUCAUGUUUAAGAUCCUAUUCUGAACAAGUCUUCGCACAUGGGUUUUUCUUUUAUAUAGUUUGUAUUUUAAAAGUAUAAACAUUUGUUUAUUGGUUAGCAGAUAUGGAAUUUGUGCCAUACAACCAAGUUUGGCAUCCUCUUAAAAUAAACUUUUAACCCAAUUUCUUUUCACAUAUUAACUGGUUUCAAUUUAUUGGAUUAAUCUGAUAGUAUAUAAUAGCAUUUUUCAAAAGCUUCAAAAUAAACAAAGGCAUAAAUGGAUAUAUAUUUUUUUUAAUGCAGGACACCAGGGUAUCAAUGUCACAUCUCAACAUCCUCAGCAUAGGUGGUUAACUACACUACCAGAUUAAAUGUUAAAGUAUACGAUUCAAAAACGGUGAUACAGUCUUUCAUCCCACAUCCAAAAUGACCAACAUACUGAAUGAUAGAUAAAAACAAAGUGCUGGAGUAACUCAGUGGGUCAAUUGAAGGAUCUCGACCCGAAAUGCCACCUGGACAUGUUCUCCAGAGAUGCUGCUUGACCCGCUGAGUUACUCACGCAUUUUGUCUUGUUUGCAAACCAGCACCUGCAGUUCCUCAUUUCUCCGAUAAAUAAAAACAAAUCUGAUAUUCUGCAGAUGAAUUUAUAAACUCGUGUCAGUGUAGGAAGCAACUGCAGAUGCUGGUUUAUUCCAAAAAAUGCUAGAGUAACUCAACAGGUCAAGUAGCAUCUCUGGAAAACAUGGAUGACAGUCAGAUGAAGGAUCCUAACCCAAAUGAUCACCUUGCCAUAUUCUCCAGAGAUGACUCCUGUUCUGUUGAAUUACUCCAACGCUUUGUGGCUUUUGUGUCAUGGCUUUUGAAUGGUUGUGGGACAAAACCCACUAUUUUACAUCGAUUCUCUCACAAUGCAUAUUUGGCAUAUGGGGUGUUGGUGUGCAUGAUACUCAUUCCAACCAGAAAUGUGUGACAACAGUUCACAACACUGAUCACAACAUUCAGGAUCUUUUUGUUCCUCUUAAACAGCCUGGGUAGGGUUUGAAUGAUAACAACCAACUAAUUUCUGGUGCACUUUAACAGGAUGUCGCAUGUAGCACCAGCUCCAUAUCAGGUCAUCCAUAGAUAUCAUAAAAUUGUCCACAAACAAAUGUGCAGCAACGUUAGCAUAAUUUCACCAGAUGGAUGAAUUAAAUUUAUCACAGCUGCUGCCACAUUUCCGCACAGCAAUCCAAUUAGCUGCCAACCCUUAAAGACAAACUUUGCACAGGAGGGAUAGAGCAACAUGCUAUAACUGCCACAGAUGUGUGAAAGUACCAAGAUUAUGUGAGGAAAGAUGCAUCGUUAAUGAACGAGAGGCAAGAGCAAGACUACAAGAAUGUCAAUAGUUCAUAUGGAAAUGUGCCCUUUGCAACAUUAACACACUAGUGCUGACACCAACACUUAGCCUGAAGACGUGCAAUCUGAAGGGUCUCACCUCGCCCAUCCACGUUCUCCAGAGAUGCUGCCCGUUCUUUGUAACCUAGACGCUCACUGAUGAGAUCUAAUCAACGAAUGCGCCACUGUGGUCCAGAAGGUUAAAGCACAAAGGAUACAAGUGAACUGGAUCGAACAUUGGCUUGGUGAUUGGUUGCGAAAGACUUUAACUCCUCCUCUCAUUCUCACACUGACCUUUCAAUCCUGGGCCUCAUCCAUUGUCAGUGUGAGGCCCAGCACAAAUUGGAGGAACAGCACCUCAUAUUUCGCUUGUGCAGCUUACACCCCAGCGGUAUGAACAUUGACUUCUCAAAUGACAAAUAACCCUUGCUUUCCCUCUCUCCAUCUCUCCCCAUUCCCAGUCCUCUGGCCAGUCUUACCGUCUCAGACUACAUUUUAUCUCUGUUUGCUUCGUUGUGAUCUUCUCCCAGCUGACAAUGAUAACAAUGAUCUAUUCUACAUGUUCCUUGAUCUUUAUUCCCUUGUCCUGUUUUAACACCUUACACUUCCUUACCUAUGCUUCUCCCUCUCCCCUGAUAUGUCCUGAAGAUCUUGACCCAAAAUGUCACCCAUUUCUUCUCUCCAGAGGGGCUGCCUGUCCUGCUGAGUUACUCCAGCAUAUUGUGUCUAUCAUUGGCUUGGUGACAAGUUGGCAGUGAGUCGCUUUAGAUGGACAUGUUUCUAAUAGGAAUUGUGCAAAUUGUUUAUUCAACAGGUAGAGCGUUU